CAUCAUCGUCUAUUCAGCCUCGAAGCCUGAAGCACAUGUCAGACGAAGCGUCAUCGUCGUCGGCGACACGCCCUUCAGCGCUUUUGGCAGACAUGUUUCGACCAGACUCAUCUGAGCAUACGCGUACUGUGGCGGGCCUCAAGCGCAGGGCAUCCUCGUCCUUUGAGGGCAUGCAGGACGAGAGCAGCCGGAAGAGGCUGAAGGAAAAAUCCGUCAGCGAGCCCUCAGGAUCCGGGCCAGGCGAUUCGGAAACUGUUGAUGGAGAAGCUUUGGCAAAGGAUCUCGAGCAGGAGCUUCAGUGCGCAUGCUGCUCCGCGCUCGUGUAUCGACCGGUGGCGGUGAUUCCAUGUCAGCAUUUUUUCUGUGGAAGUUGUAUCGUAAUGUGGAUACGCAAUGGGGGGGCAAACUGUCCAGCUUGCAGAAGCGUUGCCUCGGUGGCUACUCCAUCUCGUAUCAUCGAGAAGAUGGUAGAUGUGCUGUUGCGCUCUGUGCCCUCAAAAGUGAGACCCGUGAACGAGCGAAUACAGGCGGACGAAAUCUAUGUGGCUGGUGGCACAAUCAGGAUACCGUCUCCCAGGCAACCGUCUCCCGAUCCACCUCUACCUCACAGAAACACCAAUUUUGUCCAUCCGUGCCCGCACUGUACACCUGACAACCACUACGGCUGGCGGUGUCCUAGACCCAUUGUUGACCCUGAAGCUGACCCGGAUCGCGCAUGGCACGCGGAUGAUGGGUCGCCUCCUGGUCAUGCCUAUUGCGGCAACUGUGAGAACGUGCUUGCCCUGGAAGCCCCGUCUACUACGAAGUGCGACUUCUGCCAAGUGUCCUUUUGCGGGAUCGGCAUCCCCGGACGCUGUGUAGCGGCGCCGAUACUCCAGCAACAUCUUCAUGGACUGGCUGACCUAGGCGACUUGGUGCAAUGCUCCCAGAUUUACGACUCUUUUGAUGGCAACACAGUUGAAGUGGACAUCAUGCUUGAUUACUUGACCGCUCAGAGAAUCAAUCCAAGAUUCAUCUAUCGUGAGAUUAUCAUGCACAUACACAGCCAACCCGGGCAGUUCGCGCCUCUCUUUGAACUCGACCUAUUCGCGGACGUGCACGCGGUAUCUGCUGGCCCAGAACCCGGACUUGACACCCCCAGAAACAAGGUUUGCCGUGUCUGCGCCGCAGAGAUUUUCCUCUGGGGUGUACGUGAUUGGUGGGUCAGGGAGAGGCGCAAGGGCUUCCUCGAGGAAGAAGUAACAAGACGCCUGGAUUGCCCAGAGGGAAGAAUGUGCCCCAGACAGAAGGACUACGCACAUGCCAAAGAAUUCAACCAUGUUGUUUGUCCGCCGGGCGAAGCCGCUACGCCAAGCACAUCAGCAAACGGGGCAUCAUCAUCUCGGCUUGCUGCUCUCGAGGACAAUGCCGCACUUCCUCCACUGCUCAACACAGAACCUGCUACUCCUCUAGAAGCCGCGUUAUUUUCGCAUUUGGCUGCUGAGUUCCCGGACCUCUCUCAAGAUUUUCGUGAUGAGGUUGAGGCACUAUUGUAAUUGUUCCACACUCGUUCCACAAUGUUCUCGUCGCUUUUUUGAUCCUCCCCAUACACGGAUUUCGUAGUGGAUGUCAUUGUAAUUCUUAUUGCUCUGGCUAGCGCGCUGUCGGUGACUGCAUUUCGUUCCACAACACUGUAUAUUAAGCAUGCAAUGAUAUAGUUUUCUGGCCCCGUC